AUGAGAAGGGAGAUUAUGAGCAUCUAAUCGCUUAAUCAAAGAAUGGCUCGGAUACAAGUUCUUGUACUUGGGCAUACUAGAGAAUUAGUUAACCAGGUUUCCGAAGUCUACAAGGAAGCAACUAAAUUCUCAGACAUCACAGUCAAAAACUGUGUUGAUGAAAUGGGCAAACCUUCAGAACAUGUUUUAAUCACAACUCUAGGCAAACUUAAUUCAUUUGUUACUGGAAGAAAUAAGGUUGAUUUAUCUGCCUUGAAAGUAGUUGUUGUUGAUGAGGCUGAUUCAUUCUUUGAUUAAGUAAAGUCAGAAGCAGAACUUAAUGGUAUUUUAGAUGCCAUUAAGAAACUUGAUCACUAAGUUCAAUUCAUUAUGAUAUCAGCUACUUAUAACGAGUAAGUUCAAGACAAAAUCGCUAAUCUUAUUGAAGAAGCUAAUCAGAUCAGUCAAUAGAUUUCUCAACUACAACUAACCAACAUUAUCAAUUACGAAUAUAAGUGUGAACCCAGAGGGAAAGUCGAUUUUAUUAAGCAAGUCUUUGAUACUAUCUCAAUGACUCAGACCAUUAUCUUCGUAAACACUUUAGACUUUGCUGAAAUUGUAUUCAAUAUUUUGAAAAAUGACGGCUUUAAGGCUGCAAUCCUCUUCAAUAAAAUGUCUAACUAAGAGAAAGAUGAAAUCAUGAUUAAAUUCAGAGAAAAAAGAGUCAACGUCCUCGUUACUACCAAUAUUCUAGCUAGAGUUAUCGAUGUCCCAGAUAUUGAUUUGGUAAUUAACUUCGAUGUACCAAAGUUUAAGGUUCAAGGAAAAUUCAGACCAGACUAUGAAAGCUUCCUUCAUAGAAUUGGUCGUGCCGGUAGAUUCGGUAUGAAAGGUAUAGCUCUCACAUUGUACGAUAACGAGAAUGACGAGAUGAUCUUCCAAAAAAUCAUUGCUCACUAUGAAAUGGAUAAGAUGGUCCAAAAGCUAGACUCACCAGGAAAACUUAAGGAUGUUCUAGAGGAGCUUAUCAUUGCUUGA